UUCCUGUUUCUCUGUCGACUGCUUCCUGUUUGUUCCGGCAAUAUGGCGGCGCCCACAGUGAUCCAUCUGGAGUUCGGAGGAGGAGCGGAACUGCUGUUUGAUGGCAUGAAGGAACAUCAUGUGACUCUACCAAGCCAAUCAGACCCUUGGGACAUGAAGCAGCUGCUGGCCUGGAUCCAACAGAACCUGCUGAAGGAGCGGCCCGAGUUCUUUGUGCAAGGAGAGACUGUGAGCCCUGGGAUUCUGGUGCUUAUCAAUGAUGCAGACUGGGAGCUGAUGGGACAGUUGGAGUACCAACUACAGGACCACGACAACAUUGUGUUUAUCUCCACUCUUCACGGAGGAUAAAGGAUGAAGGAAAAUGCCAGUGUGUCCUUGACAACUCUGUAUCACAGACUCUGUUUUUUUUUCCCCUCCACAUCGCAGUAAAACGUGCCCCUAUUGGACGCCGGGGCUCUGCUGCGCCUCACCAAGAGGUGAUGGAUGUUGGUUUGCAGGAAUGAGUGGAGAUUCAGAGACGGUUACCAAGAAAAACGAAGGAGCUAUGAGAGUGAAACUGUGUACCCGUAUGCGUAGAACGCAGCUUUUUCCAUCAUUACAUCCACACGUUGAGUAGACAGCGGGAACCUUUAACCUUCAUCCAAAACUGACCUCCUCUCCAGCAUGAAGAUGGCCUCUGCAACUCUGGACUUUAGAAUACAGUCAGUCUUAAAUCGUCUGUCAGGUCUCACCAAAUAAGCAUUGAUUAUUUCUUAAUGAUUUAACUGCCGUGUUGUGUCUCAAGAGCAAACUCAGCCUGAAUUAUUUUACCACAUAUUACCAUAUGUUUAGGUGAAUUUAACAAAGUGUAUUUAAAUUUUACAUGAUUUUGGGUAUUCUUCUAUUAUGCUUCAUUUUAAAAACAACCAAAUAAAUGCUUUUUUU